GCUUCCGUCGCGGCUGCCAAAUCCUCCUUCAGCUCCACCGGGUCUCGGCUCGCUGCUCCCCCGCCGUGCCCCGCCGGGCUGCGGCUGCCCGGGGAUAGCGGGAGGAUCCUCGGGGAGGCCGCGCCGGGGAGGACAAGAUGGAGGUAAAAGAUGCAAAUGCGGCAUUGCUGAGUAACUUUGAGGUGUACCAGUUACUUACUGAUCUCAAGCAGCAGCGUAAGGAGAGUGGCAAAACCAAGCAGAGCUCUGGGCAGCAGAACCUGAACACAAUCAUGUAUGAGACACUGAAGUACAUCUCAAAAACACCCUGCAGGUACCAGAGCCCUGAGACUGUCAGGGAGUUCCUGGUAGCAAUGAAAGACCAUAAAUUAACCAAGGCAGAAAAGCUGCAGCUGCUCAACCACAGGCCUGUGAGUGCAGUGGAGAUCCAGCUGAUGGUGGAGGAAAGCGAGGAGAGGCUGACAGAGGAGCAGAUCGAGUCCCUCCUGCAGACAGUCACCAACAUCCUGCCAGGGGACCCAGAGGAGCAGCACAGGGACUCAGCAGUGGCAGCAGAACACAAAGGUGACCAGGCAUAGCAGGCAGCACUUCCAGAAGAGAACCAGCUGCUCUUGCUCUGGGUUUGAUACCAGUUCAAUCCUGUAUUAUAACUGUAAAAUAGAUUCAGAUUUUUAUGAUUUGGAGGUGAUGAGGGAACCAAUUGUUCACAAGGAAGCAGGGAAAAGGACACUAUUGUUUGGGGGUUUUGUCAUGAACGGGGGGUGGCAGUGCCAGGGUUGGCAGUGGAGCAGCCUCAGGAGUGCUGGGGCUCUGCAUCUUUGGGGAUUUUUCCUUUCCCCACAGAAUCAGCACAGCAGUGCUGCAAUGAGAAUUCCUUUCAGCUUUGCAGCUGCCCAAGUGGCUUCCAGAGCAGUGCAAAACCAAUUUUGGGGCUGUUUGCACAGCAGGAGCUCCCAAAUCUGGGCAUCAUGGAAUUGAGAGCAUCUGUGGGAGGGCAACUCAAGGAUGUCUGGGAGUCCCUUCUAAAUAAAAGAGAUCCAGAUUCAAUAAAUCUGGAUCCAGAUUCUGCACUGAAACCAGGGAGCUGGAGGGGGGUUGAAGCUGUGAAAUCAAAGCUGGGAGUGCCCAACCAGCAGAAUAUUGGGGUCUCUCUGCCCUCUGAACAUUUAUUGCAAUAUUCACACACACACAAGGCACUCCUGAGAUGGAGAAAUAAAUGAAGCAACACUGAGCUCUUGAUCUGGUUUGGGAAAAUGAGAGUCAGGCCUGGAUGAAGCAGAAUUUCCUGAGCUUUUUUGUGUGAUGAAGGAUUUCAGCAUCAAGUAUUUCAUGUUGAAAGCCUUUGUGAUUAUAAUAAAUCAUCUGUGUGUGAAUAUCCACACAAAGUCAGCCACUGGUUUAAAUUGUGGCUGCAGACCAUUCUUUUAUAAUUAUUAUGAUGUACUGGAAAUAGAAAUAAAAUUUUAAGUACAUCCUGGGAGUUUUGUGACUUACAGACGAGAUCAAAUCACAAUAUCUGGCUUUCCCCCCCCCCCCCCCCUCAGCUCUGUCAUGGGUUUAUUUUGUGUUUUUAUGCAGAGAAUUUGUGCUUUCUGAGCUUCAGUUGUGCAGUGUAUGAAAGGGACUGAUAAAUUCCACUGUCUGGGGGAUUUGUCAUAUUUGUUUCCAUGGUAUUUAAGCUUCUUUGAUGUUUGGAGAGGAAAGAAAAUUAUUGGAAAAAUAUAUUUGUUGCCUUUUAAAAGAUCAUUUAUCAUACAUUAAAUGCCUUCCAAGGCUGGAGACUCAA